AUGCCUCCCAGGAAGAAAGCCAGGCACACUUCUCCCACAUGGUCCUUGAGUCCCAGCAAUUCAAGGACGAGGAAGGUCACCAACAAAGCACCCGAAGACACUGACGCUUCUCGACAGCGAAGCGAAUGGUCCACACGAGGUGUUGGUGGUCAUGUAGCACAGCUCAAAAAAGCUGGAGAGAUCUUAAUGGCCCCAGCAAGGCAACAGGAGGGAAGAGGUACUGUCAAAGCAAGUGACUCAGAAGUCAAUUCCAUGGCACCUUCACAGCAGCUCAAGAAAGGGAAGAAAAAGUCAUCUUCCGCUGACAAACAGGAUCCCUGGGAGGCAACUCAGCCCAUCGGUCGCAGCUCUAAGAAAGCCAUAGGUGAAUCCUUAGAAUGUGAGGCGAGGAAGGAUAGAAUGCGGGAUUUGGAUGAACGUGACGAGUCAGAGAAUGGCGCCAAUGAGCAAGAUCACAAUGAUCAACCUGGCAAAGAUGAAGAUAGUUUGUUGCGGGAUACACAGGAGGCUCCAGUCGACCGGAUGGCCUUAUACGGUGAUGAAGACAGCGAUACUUACAUGGAUCUUGACCAGGGGGAUUUUGACAGCCAAGUCUCGGACGAUGAUACUCAUCAUGAAGCCACAGACACUUUCAAUGCCCUUGAACACCAUCAAAUGAAAAAUGGACAAUGCAAAGCUCCCUCCCCGACUCAUUUAGCACGCGCACAUGUUUCAUUUUGCUUAUCAUGCACGAUUAUUGAUAUGUGCCCCAGUCUUCUUGCGAACACGGGUCCACCCAUCCAUGUGAAGCUGGCUCGAAGUCUCAUCAGCAUUCACCCAGUCAUGGAUCUCGUCGCCCCUCCCUCGAACGAGCAUGCACUUCUUCCUCUUCUGGGCACUUGGCCCUUGGACGCACGCCUCACAGAGCACCAUCUGAAAAAAUCGCAUCGACCCAUGUGCGGCCAGAGCGUCCACCUGCACACCUCUCUGUUACUUGUUCAAAGUCCCCUCAACACUUACCUCAUUCUUCCUCCUUCCGCAAACUGUCUCCUCGUCAGCACUCUCCAACUCAGUCUAUGGUUUCUUCCAGUCACAAACUGCCCUCCUCUCAUGGACGGUCUUUGUCACAGUCUCUGCCCAGGCAUUCUGCUCAGCCAGAUUGGACACCUUCUCCCGCUCCUAGUUCAAGCUGAUCUCACUCUCGUAGUGCCUCACCUGUUCAAUGCAGCAAAUCUGGAGAUGGUGCGCGGUGCGCCAACCAACAAGGCAGCAAAGUUGGAAAUGUGGUUGCAGGCAGUUUUAUUGCAUCCUCUUCCAGUUCAUCAGGAUGUGGUAGUACUGGCACAAGAAGUUUUGAGUGCUGUAUUAUGGACAUACCACAUGAAGAAGGUGAAGCUUGACAACGGUUAUUUCCCAGAGUAUAAAAUGCCGAUGUCGCAACUACUCUGUGAUGACCUGUUCACCUUUCGUAUGGAACUCAAAAAAAUCGUAAUAUCUAUUGUGAAGCAAUUAUAUGGCAUAUUCUCGAAGGGCAACUCAAUGCACAAGGAGCGCAUCAGUGCAGCAGCAGCUAAGCUCCUUAAGACUGGUGAAUAUCUUCGGCUCCCUGACUCUUCUGAGGGAGAAUAUACCAAUUUUGUGUCACAGGUUCUCAAGGAAGCCUGCCUCAGUUUUUACUAUGGCAACAGUAAAAAAGCACUCAAGCUAACUGACAAAUUUCAACACCAAAUUCCUGUCAACGGCCUUAUUCUGGUGGCUGCGGUUGCGAAGGGUGUUCUCUCCGGCUUCCACGACAGUGGUACUGAUAAGGUGCCUGACCUUACUGCUGAUACAUGCAGGGCUGACUUCAACAUACUGCGAAAGUCCGUCGACAAAUCAAUGGACGUUCCUGAACGUCAUGUGGAGCUUGAAGAGAUGCUGAAGGAAUGGGCCGAGGAGGGGAUGAUAGGUGAACUUCGCAAUGAGUUGGACAGUGCAGCGGGCAGCGAGGAUAUCAAUAUCAUCAUUUAG